AUGGCGUUAUUUCGUUGUCAUCCGGAUAGUCCCUUUCGUUUUAUAUUCAACUGGGUUCAUCGAACAACUGGCAUGCUUGCUUUCACACUUUCAGUGCCAACGAUAUUUCUUGUCGUUUACGUUCUGCUAAAAUAUCAUAAUGGUUUCGUGGCCAUUAUGUCACUUUGGUCGGCUUGGAUUGUGAUCCUUUUUAUUGUUUUUGAAGUGGUCCAAUAUCGAUUUCGAUUAAAAUCACCUACAAUAGGACUCGAAAAGAGUAAAGAUGGAAGCGAUCAUCAAUCCAAUGAUGAACAGCAGGAUCAAACGAACGGUCAUGGUUAUCUUAACAAAUUGAAACUCAUUUUGUUUCUGCUCAAUUUUUGUUUUGCGAUUAGUCUUGUAAUACCGUUGGUAGUUCUGAUUUGGAUGCAAGGUUGA